AUGGAGAACUGUUUGGCGGCCGCGGCGCUGAACGGGGUGGACCGACGUUCCCUGCAACGCUCGGCUAGGCUGGGUCAAGAAGUGCUGGAGCGGGCCAAAAGGAGGGCGGUGGACUGGCAUUCGGUGGAGCUUCCCAAAGGCAGCGUGGGGGUCAUUUCCCGGGAGAGGCCCUACAGAGAAAAAGGGCCGGCAGCCGGCCCCCAUCGCCUUCUCCCAGGAGAGAGAGAAGAAAGACAGCGAACCCUCAGUGCUUCCUUCAGAACAAUGGCUGAAUUCAUGGACUAUACUUCAAGUCAGUGUGGGAAAUAUUAUUCAUCUGUGCCAGAGGAAGGAGGGGCAACCCACGUCUAUCGUUAUCACAGAGGGAAGUCGAAGCUUCACUUGUGCUCGGACACUGGGAAUGGUCAGGCUGAGAACAUCUCUAAGGACCUCUACAUAGAAGUAUAUCCAGGGACCUAUUCCAUCACUGUGGGUGUAAAUGACUUGACCAAGAAGACUUAUGUGGUAGCAGUUGAUUCAGGACAAAGUGUGGACUUGGUCUUCCCCAUAUGAUGUUGACCAUCACAGACAUCACCUUUUUCUUGUUUGUUUUUUAAGUAUCAAGAAGAAUAAAGCUACCAUAUGUCCCCUUAAAAUUUACACAUUAAUCCUGCUUUUAAUGCUAACUGACUGUAGAGGGUCAGCCUUCCCAGGAACUGGAGUUUGUCUCUUUCAGUGCCUAUUUUAACUUGAAAGUCCCCUCACCCUCUUCUGCCUGAAGUAAUAAUGUAAUGAUGCUGUCUGAGUAGUUUUGACUGCUUACUUUCCAAGUAAAGAUUAAUUAUGAUAAUAAAAUGAGAAAUUUGGAAAUGAA